GAACAUUAUUCGAUUCAGGCCACCAUUGCUCCUGUUUCGGCCUGGGACUUCCGCCAAUUGACUUGCGAUAUGCUCAUUGACAUCUGAGAACGCCCAGAUCCGCUUGCAACGUCGCACUCGCGGUGCUGCUUUCCCAACAUGGCUGCUCGAGGGUCUCUCCUCACCCUCGCGAACCUCCUCAUUCCAGUAGCGGUCCUCGUCUUCGCAGCCGGCUUCUUCCCGUACAAGCCAUUCAUGCCAGGCUUGGCUACCUAUGGGCCGCUCGGAUGGGAGGAAAAGAUGGGAUGGGAGAAGGAGCCGGAAGCACAGUUUGAUAAACUGGUUUUUAUGGUCGUGGAUGCAUUGAGGAGUGACUUUGUUUUUGGCAAGGACAGCGGCAUGAAAUUCGUGCAAAGCUUGAUUCGUGAUGGCUUGGCCGUCCCGUUUACCGCCCACGCUACGUCCCCAACCAUUACGAUGCCUCGGGUCAAGGCCAUGACUACAGGCUCUGUGCCUUCCUUCCUCGACGUAAUCCUCAAUUUCUUGGAGUCGGAUACAACGUCCUCUCUAGCGAAACAAGACACAUGGCUGGCACAGAUCAACGCAAAGGAAGGCGGAAAGCUGGUCAUGUACGGCGACGACACAUGGUUGAAGUUAUUUCCAGGCUUCUUCGAGCGUGCUGACGGGACGUCGAGCUUCUUUGUUUCGGAUUUCACAGAGGUCGAUAAUAAUGUGACGAGGCAUGUGCCGGAUGAGAUGCUGAAUGAUGACUGGAAUGCUAUGAUUAUGCAUUAUCUUGGUCUUGACCAUAUUGGCCAUAAGACAGGCCCCAAAGGACCCCAGAUGAUCCCCAAACAGACUGAGAUGGAUCAAAUUGUUAAGCAGAUUUACGAUGCCAUCGACAACGAAGAUCACCUUUCGAACACGCUCUUCGUCCUGUGUGGCGAUCACGGUAUGAACGAUGGCGGGAAUCACGGCGGAUCUUCGCCUGGCGAGACCUCCCCAGCCUUGGUUUUCAUGUCACCAAAGAUGAAGAAGAUCACCGAGUUCAGGGACAGGGCAUCCCCGAUCGAGCCGAAAACCCACUUUGACUACUACAAGACGGUCGAACAGAGCGACAUCGCGCCUACCCUUGCCGGACUGCUAGGUUUUCCCAUACCCAGGAACAAUCUAGGAAUCUUCAUCGAUGAUUUCUUGUAUUUCUGGGAUGACGGUAUGGACCGUGUCCGACUCCUUAUGCAGAACGCGAGACAGAUGAAAGCGAUUGUCGAAGCGACAUACCCGAGUGCAAACUUUAAGGACGAGGUGCAAGAGAUGAACUGCGAAAAGCAGCUCUCAACCGGAGAGAUGCUAGCUUGCAAGUGGCAACACGUCGCACAGGUCAUGUCAAGUGUAGCGUCACUGCAUCCUCAGAUGAGAGUCGACUACCUUUACAAUUUUCUCCGAAAUGCGCAAGAUGCCAUGAGCACAACAGCGUCCAACUACGAUGUUUCUAAGCUUUAUAUGGGCACAUUGUUGGCACUUGUUGCAACGUCUCUUUCUCUCAUAUCUCUUCGAAAGACACGUACUUUCUCGUCGGCCGCUGCAUUCUACAGCAUUACCCUACUGCUUCAUGGCAUUUCCAUGUUCGCGAGCUCUUACGUUGAGGAAGAGCAUGGCUUCUGGUACCUCAUGACAUCCACUUGGUUUAUCUAUUUACUCAUUCGCGAUUCUCAAUCAGAGUGGUUCCUGUGGUUCCUGGUCCACCCGGCGGUAAUGUUAAUGUAUCUGCACCGCGUCAUCCGUAGUUGGAACCAGACAGGCCAAAAGAACGCUGGUGCGCCUGAUAUUGUCCAUGCAUUCGCCACAAUGACGUUUGGAAGCGCCGUACUGUGGAGCUUUAUCGGGGCUACCUACCUAGAUAUAACAACGAGACUUGCCCGCCAUGUGGCAAGAUGCAUUGCGAGCUUCAUUGAGCCAGAUCCGGAUUUUGAACCCACCGACACACACCGCAUGAUGGGAACUUCUAUUGUUUUACCGCUCAGCGCAACGGCUUUUGUCUUCAAACUUGGCUUUACGGCUAAGGACGCUCCAGAGCUGACGAACGGGAUUGCAGAAGGCCUGGUCGAGUGGGUUAACACUCUUGAUCUUGUGGGUCUUGCGAGGAUGGUCUUUGCUGGCCUUGCUUUGACUGCCACUUCGGUGAUACUUGGUGAGCUCGUUAGAGCAAGAGCUAGAAAGGGGAAACAGGGAGGUGGUCAUCUCGCGGUCGCCCUUUUUGACCUCACUACGCUCUUCCUCAUCACUCAGACCAAAGCCCAGAAUAUCCCGCUGUACUUGCUCUUCAGACUGCAAACAGUCUUUCUAUCACACCUUGACCUCUCACCAUCAGCUAUAACCACAACCACCCUUCUCCUCUCGCACUCAUCCUUCUUCGCCACAGGUAACAACAACGCCAUAUCCAGCAUCGACCUCUCCAACGCCUACAACGGCAUCAGCGGCUACAAUAUCUCCCUUGUUGGCCUCCUAGUCUUCCUGAGCAACUGGGCUGCUCCCAUCUACUGGGCCCUCUUCGGUGUCCUCCUGCUCGGCUCACACGGCCACUUCGCACGCAACUUCGAUACCGCUGAGCUGGACAGCCGCGACUGGGUGGCGAAGGAGCGGGAGCAUCUGCUCCGGCUAGCAACGCAGGAGAAAGAGCGGGUGCAGAAGAGGGAGGAUACAUGGACGUGGAUGCAGCACGUCGGACUCAUGACUGUGUGGACGAGUGCAAGUCUUGCGGUUGUGAUGGCCGCGUGUACAGUCCUUAGAAGUCACUUGUUUGUGUGGAGUGUGUUUAGCCCGAAGUUCUUGAUGCAGGUGGUUUGGGGGGUGGCGUUCCAUGGCGGUGUGACGGUGGGAUUGGGUGGAUUGAUAUGGUGGCUGGUGACCUGGUAGCAGGCGAUGUUGUGGUGAUGAGAUGGUGAUGAACAAAAAUAAUUUGUAUACUGACUGUGUUUGUGUUCACUAUAUAUCCAUGUACGAGUGCGGGAUCUAGUUCCUCGUACGUUCUAGGAUGCCUUUCCCACCUAGAAACUAAGACUAUGGAUAAAGCCGUGCAGAAUGAUUGGACCAUGUACCUUCUCUCCCACAUCGGCUGUUUUGGUCUUGCUCCUAUCAUCAAUCAAGUGUCU